AUGGCGGGGAUGCGCACUUCUAUCACUGAUUUGGGCACUCGAGUGGACUCGCUAGACAGAAUGCCAAGUUCGAGAAGAAGAUCAUGGCAUGGCUGCGUGCACUUGGCCGGGCUUGUCAUCUGGACCUCGGCACUGUCUCCGACGCGGAUAGACCCAAUCAAGGGACUCCAUAUUCCUGAGCCUUACACUUACUCCCCGGCUGCUGCUGUCCCUGAGUGGCAGGAUGCCAUGAGAAAGGAGUUUGAGGCUUUGAAAGCUAAUAGAACUUGGGAUAUUGUGCCUCCUAGUUUAGCUGUUCCUCGUUCUUGUUCUUCUUCUGCUCCUUUGGUUUGCAAGCUACUUAAGUCCCUCUGUGGUUUGAGACAGGCCUCCAGACAAUGGUAUGCUAAACUGUCUCAGGCCCCUUGUUCUAGAGGAUAUUCUCAUUCUUUAAAUGAUUAUUCACUGUUUACUAGAGGUUCUGGGUCUUCUUUGGUCAUUCUAGUUGUGUAUGUGGAUGAUAUGAUCCUAACUAUGACUGACUUGCCUGAGAUUUCAUCUUUAAAAGCCUUCUUGCAUGAACAGUUCAAAAUCAAGGACCUUGGUUCUCUUAAUUAUUUUUUGGGGAUUGAGGUUCUUUAUUCUGAUUCUAGGGUUCUUCUACAUCAAAAGAAGUUUGUGCAUGAAUUGUUGGAUUCUUUUGCCUCUUCUGCCUCUUCUGCAGUUAUUUAUCCCCUUGCUCUUAAUGAGAAACUAAAGGCUUAUGUUGGUGAUCCUUUGCCUAAACCUGAGGAAUAUAGGUGCUUGGUGGGUAAGUUGAAUUUUUUAAUAUAUAUCAGGCCUGAUAUUAGCUUUGCAGUUCAACAUCUCAGCCAGUUCUUGCAGGCUGCUUUGCACCUAACGAGGUAUUUGAAGGGUACUUCUGAUUUUGUCCUUUUCUUCAGCAAUUCAUCUGAUCUCUCCUUGAAGGUCUAUUGGGAUAGUGAUUGGACCUCCUGUGUUGAUAGUCGAAGAUCUGUGGCUGGUUUCUGUGUCUUCCUCGGUGAUUAUUUGGUAAGCUGGAAAUCAAAGAAGCGGCAUGUGGUCUCUCUUUCCUCUGCUGAAGCUGAGUACAUGGCCAUGAGUAAAGCUGCAACUAAGGUCACUUGGCUUUCAAGGCUAAUGGCUGAUUUUGGUAUUUCUUCUUCUUCUCCCAUUCCUUUGUAUUGUGACAAUGAGGAAGCCUUGCAUAUUGCGCGCAAUCCAUUCUUUCAUGAGGGGACUAAACAUGUAGAGCUGGACUGUCAUUUCAUCAGGGGAAAAAUUGGUGAUGGGUGA